AUGGCCUGGCCCCAAGCCAUGGCAUGGCUGCAGAAGGUGAGGCAUUGGUCCUUAGACCCCACCAUCGUCAGCUUCAAUGCCACCAUAGAGACCAUGAAGCGGGCCUACGAAUGGUGCAGAGCGGUUGCCUUGCUGUCCGAAGCCACUGGCAGGAGCUUGCAGCCCAACUUGGUGUCCUACGGCACGGCGGUCAGUGCCUGUGUGGCAGCAGCACAGUGGCUGAAGGCCCUGGAGCUGUUCCAUGGCGUUCGAGCCAUCAGGGGCCGCCCACAGCGAGGCCGAGACCACGGCGGCCUCGUGGUGCUCUACAGCGCUGCGGUGCGCGCCUGUGAGACGGCGGCCAAGUGGCCGGAGGCCUUGGAGCUACUGCAGGUCAUCGCCAAAAGCCGAGUGAAGCUGGAUGGAAUCCUGUACAACUCAGUCCUCAGCGCCUGCGACAAGGGUCAUCGAUGGGAGGAGGCUCUGGACACUCUCAGCAGUGCGAAGCAACGCUGCGUCGAGAACAUCGUGAGCUACAGUGCAACCAUGAGUGCCUGUGCAAAAGGCGCUCAGUGGCAAUGGGCUUUGUUUCUCCUGAGUGACUUGCAAGAUGCAAAGUUGUAUCCAAAUCAGGUGACCUAUGCAGCCGCCAUCAGCGCUUGUGAGAAGGGUGAAGGGCGCUGGGCUGAAGCACUCUUCUUGCUGCAAGAAGCGCCGCAACGUGAUGACCUGGUCACCUCUUCGGCAGCCAUCUCGGCCUGUGAAAAAGCUUCGCAAUGGAUGGUGGCACUGGAGAUGUUUACCACAAUGCCAGAGCAGGACCUGGUCGCAUACAAUGCCACAGCUAGCGCGUGUGCUAAAGCACAGCAAUGGUCGCAGGCGCUGCUUUUGCUGAAUCAAGCAGAGGAGAAGCAGCUUCAGCCCACUGUGACCAGCUAUGGUACAGUGAUCAGCAGCUUCGAAGAGAGCGCUCGUUGGCCAAAUGCCAUGGACCUGUUGUGGCGAAUGCGAGCUGGCUUGCUACAACCCAAUAUGGUCGCCUUCGGCUCGUGUGUGGAGGUGUGCUGCAGGAGCUUGCGCUGGAACCAGGCGCUGCAGCUGCUUGGCGAGAUGGAGGUGGCCCAGCUGCGUCCCAAUCUCAUUGUGGCCAGCUCUCUGGUCGCCGUGCUGCAAUCGACCCAGGGACCUGCUUUAAAGGCAGUGCUUGAACAUCUCCGGCGUGCAGUGUAUGUCGAGGAUGACAGGCAUGAACCAGUGCUUUGCGCUUUGGGCGACCUGGAUGAUGUUUUAGGUGCCCCAGAAGAGCUGAUGAUUCGACGGAAGGUGCUGGAGCCAGUCUGCGUCCUAUUCUGCACCGUCUGCCUCAGGGCUGACGUCGCAGCUGGCAGCGGCAAUGCAACAAACGUGACGGGAUUUGGUGUUUCUCAUGCCCGUGGUGCUUUGAAUUUGCUGGGAAUGCGAUGGGCUGGUGGCCGCCCAAGGGUCGGCAGUGGACAAAAACUGCCGAACGGUUCCGGUCACAUGAUACUGCCCCCGGCCCCAAACCAUGAACCCCAAAGAUAA